CUACACGGAGGGCACGAAUACAACGGCUAUCAUCAGAGGUCUCUGUGUUCCGAAAUUCUCAUCUAAUCAUUUUUUUUCAUCUCCAAUAAAACAUACAAAUUACGCAUCGAUCUGACAGGCGACAGCUCAGUCAGCCGUCCAUAUUGUCAUCCCGUUACAUUUAUCGUCGUGCUCGUUAUGGACAUGGAAAACGUAAAACAGAUAUUCAGAGACGCUGGCACCGCGAUCAGCCGAGCCGUACAAUUUACAGAAGAAAAAUUGGGUAAAGCAGAGAAAACAGAACAAGAUCCAAAUUUUGAACAACUAGUCACUUUUUGUGAUAACACUAAACAGAACACCGAAACUAUAUUGAAGAACAUGGAAUUUAUUUUGAAUUCUAAUCCUGGCAUGAGAGUGGAAAAUCUUUUUUUCUUGGACAAGAAAAAAUCUGGACUCAGCAGCUCAGAACAUUUAGGAAUUGCCAUGACGGAAGCUGGGAACGAUUUUGGACCAGAUACAGCUUAUGGUAGUGCACUUAUAAAAGUUGGAAAUAUACAGCAAACACUGGGACUGAAUCAAAGGGAAUUCAUCAAAUCAGCCAAUGACUGUUUUGUGAACCCAAUGAAUAAAUAUUUAGAAACUGACAUGAAGACUGUUGUCAAGGAACGUUCACUAUUAGAAAAAAGAAGACUUGACUUAGAUGCUUGCAAAACUCGAGUGCGCAAGACCAGAAUGCUUGCAACUACUAAAGUUAAGCAAGAUGACUCUGGUCCUACUAUGGAAGAGUUAAUAGAUAAGGCUGAACAUGAUCUCAAGGUAGCUCAAGAAGAGUAUAAUCGUCAGGCAGAAAUUACCAAACUAUUGAUGGAAGGUGUUCCCAGUGCACACCCGCAACAUUUGCAACAUUUAUUAGACUUUGUUGAUACACAAGCAGCUUUUUAUUUAAAAUGUCAUGAGUCUUUAAUGAGCCUUCAAUCAGAUCUUUCCGGAUUUCCAUCAGACCAAGACAAUAUUGCGACAUUAUCUCCUGAUACUCCUGCAUUGGGACGUAUACAACAAGCAAAAGUUAUUACUAGUCAAGAACCACGAGAUGCUCAUGAUUUAAGAUUAAGUGCAGGAGAAAUCAUUAGUAUUGAUGUAAAUUCCGACAUCGGUUCAAACUAUUUUAUUGGUAAAAAAAUUCAAAAAGGAAAAGUUUAUAAAAGCAAUGUUAGACUUUUAAAUCAAGGUUAAAUUACUUCUUUAUCACUUCAUUUACAUUCCCUAUUGAACAAUUUUCUUAUUACUUUUAAUUUUCUUUCUAUCUUUCCAAACUUUUUGCUUACAUACUAUUUCUCAUUUAUUAAACUUGAAAUGAUUUACUUAAAAAUCACAAUCUAGCAUGUUAGGAACAUUAUUUUGUUAUAAAAUUAGUAUGUAUUACAUACUAAUAUAUGUUUUUGAUUUGUUCAAUUUUAUUAUUUCUAUGUGUUAAUGAACAUUUGUGAACUCAAUCAAUUGAUCUGAUGUUUAUUGUUGUAACAAAUUGUAUGUGUAUUUGUUUAUAUUGUACCAUUAUAAUUGAAAAUAACAUUGUAAUUAUUUAUAAUUUUGACAGUUAAUAUUUCAUUACUAAUGAACUGUAAUAAUUUUCACAAAAUUGGCUCAACACUUCAAUUUAUAAUGUACAAAAAUAUUGUUCUUAUCAUUACUAUUUUUUUCAGAAUACCAAGAGUAAUAACAAAAUAUUACCUAUAAUAUAAAGAUAAAUUACAGGGAGAAAUAAUUUAUUAUUAAAGGAAACUUAAAUUUCUGAAAAAUUGCUAAACUUUUAAGUUAAAAGGUGUAUUUUUUAUUAUAUCCGUUCAAAAAGUAAAAUUUAAUAACAAUAUUACAAACAAACUAAAUAAUUGUUCCAUUUAUCAUGUUCAUUGUAUAGAAUGAAAAUAAAACUUGCCAAAUUUUAGGUAUGACGAACCCUCAAUAAAAUUAAAUAU